UAUGAACCAUGCUCAGAUUAUGGUAGUGUGCCUUGUCUCAGACAUGAACCAUUCUAUGUCCUGCAGUUCUACAGAAUUUUUUUGCAGGUUGGUGAAGGUCUUCUCCUAUGUCCUGCAGUUCUACAGAAUCUUUUCGCAGCCGCAGACUCGUGAAUGGAAUCUGCCCAUCCAUAAAUGUAAGUUUAAAAUUGGCCUCUCCUGGAGUCAAAAAUAUACCUUUUCCAGAGUGUUUUGCGUACAAAUGAGUGAUCAUCAAAGAAGAAUGAUGCUAAAUGGUUGCUUCAUUAGAAAGAGCCUUUUUCAUCGCUUAAACAAAGCUACUGGAACAAAACGAAUCAGCACAAGCACUAGACCAGUUCCGAGAGAUGCCUCAGUUAAUCAAAGCGCAAUCAAGGGACCUCAUGGUGGUAAGAUCCCCGGGUGCACAACGAGCUGCAGAUUAAGGUUACCGAGGAAGACAGAGGUCACAGCAGCAAGAAUGAUCAAGCAACUUGGCUGUAAAUUUGCAAAAGGUUUGCGCCUGGUGGUGAUGAGGAAGAAGAGGAAAUCUUCACCGUCAAAGGGUUCUUCUUCUUUUUCCUCAGGGAGGUCUCAGCCGUCGAUCAUGCCUUUAAGCAAUGAAAGUCAUAGAUCAGAGGCCAUAGAAGACUGCAUAGAGUUCAUCAACUCAUCAUCCUCCUUCAACAGAUCAAACUCUACUUGUUAAGUUUCAUUACUCCCUUUAUAUUGGUGUUCAUUGUGUAUUUGCUUAUGUUGUGAGAAUUACAUGCACUGUCUAUAUAAUAAGUCUUUAUGCGACUUUCA